AUGCUUUCGGCACCACGAUUCACAGUCCGGCUGAAUAUUGCAUCUUCGAGAGUGCAAUUCGAGGCCGAAAUGUGCUUCCUCGCCUUCCGUUACGGCCCAUUGAGGUCUUUGGAAUACCCCAUAGUCUGCUAUCGGCCACAUCAAAACUGUCGACAGAACUUCGCGGGUAUAACCCCAUGCCACCGCAUGUUCCAUCGAACACUGAUAUGUAUUGCUACCAAUGGCCAGACGACAAAGAUCGUCUAA